UGACGUUGUUUCCACUAGAAGAACUUUCUGUUUGCUCCCUGGGCACGGUAAUCGUCUCUCCUUGUGAGUGAUAUCCAUUUGGAUCAGCAGGGUACAAGUUGAAUUUGGCUUUGAACUUUUGCUGGAGGAGCAGUCUUCUUAUUGUCGCAGGGACACCACUGAGUAAAAAAAAGAACCCAAAUCUUCUCCUGAGCGAUGGCCACUUGACACUUCCACGGCAACUGGGUAACUACGGAGCGCAGGCAUGAGGCAGAAAUCAGGCAAAAAAUAAACAUUGUGUUGUCAGAAGAGAGGGGUGGCCGAGUAGAAAGUCAGAUGUGGACAGCAAAAGAAGUUUGUGGAUGGGAAUAACUUCACUUCUCUGGAGAUCUUUCUGGUCCUGUUCAACUGUGGAUGUCAGGAAAAGACUAAGAAGACAAAACUUAACAAAAAAGGAUCUCUUUGCAGGAUGGGAUUUUUUUUUGUUGAAGUGUUUUCUGUAGCAUCUAGACACUUUAUACAAAAUGUCAGCAGACCAGAAAAUUGACCUUUCUGAGGAUUCCUGCCUUGAGAAGUAACUGUUGGCUAACAACCUUGGAGACUGUGUGCGUGUGUGUAGUAUUUGGGUGAUAUGAGAGUAUCUUUGCAGUUUUGUCAGAAGCGUAGUGUGUCCACUUAUGUAACUUCUUUACACAAGAAGUACGUGUGUUGUGUGUAAUGCAUGGUUGUGAAGCUGCAAGCUGCAUGUCUGUCCUCGGUGCAAACAGACACAAGGAGGGACAGACAUGUGUUUCCAUGACGGCAAGUGGCUGUAGCCCCUUCGUCAUGUGUUGGGAGAAAGAAUAUGACAGACACCUAGCAGCAGCAGUAUCAGCAGGGAAAACCAUGGCAACGGCCUACCUGGACCCUAACCUGAAUCACACCCUCCUUGGAGGUGCUAAGUCACGGCUGAGCACGGGGGGGUCAGACCGAACCACGGCAGGCUCUGUGGACAGGGUUCUGAAAGUCGUCCAUUACUUUGAGACCAACACAGAGCACAGUUGCUGGUCAUCCAAUAUAAGAUAUGGAGAUGCAACUGAUGUCAGGGGAAUCAUCCAGAAAAUUCUGGACAUCCACAAAGUGCGUUGGACAUCUUGUUUUGGUCUGCGUCUCAGCCAGUCCAGAGAACAGGUGCACUGGCUGCACCCUGAUAUGGGCGUUUCACACAUCAGAGAGAACUAUGAACAGGCACGACCAAGUGAGGAUUGGAGAUAUGAGUUAAGGAUCCGAUAUCUCCCAAAGGGCUUUGUUCAGCAGUUUACAGAAGACAAACCUACACUCAACUACUUCUACCACCAGGUGAAGAAUGACUACAUGACAGAGGUAGGGGAUCAGGUGGAACAGGAUGUAGCUCUCAAACUGGGCUGUCUGGAAAUUAGGAGGUUCUUCAAAGAGAUGAGGGGAAACGCCCUGGACAAGAAAUCCAACUACGAACUACUAGAGAAAGAUGUUGGAUUGAGGCGUUUUUUCCCAAAAGAACUACUUGAUUCAGUCAAGGCUAAGACUCUUCGUAAGUUGAUUCAGCAAACAUUUAAGCAGGUAGCCAAUCUGAACGACGAGCAGUGCAUCCUGAAGUUCUUGGAGAUACUUGGGCCAAUCUACCGCUAUGACAAGGAGUGCUUCAAAUGUGCCCUUGGGUCCAGCUGGGUGAUCCAGGUGGAGUUGGCUAUUGGGCCAGAGGAAGGGAUCAGCUACCUCACUGACAAGGGAUCCACACCUACGCAUCUAGCUAACUUUAAUCAAGUUCAGUCCAUCCAGUACUCAGCUAUGGAAGAGAAGGACAGGAAAGGCAUGCUACAGCUCAAUGUAGCUGGAGCUGCGGAGCCUCUUACAGUAACAACAGCAUCACUGACCAUGGCGGAGAAUUUGGCUGACUUGAUUGAUGGUUACUGUCGGCUUGUUUCCCUGGAAACUCACUCCUUCAUUGUCAGAGUUCAGAAAGAGGGAGAGAGAGCACUGCCUUCCAUCCCAAAACUGUCUAAUAAUGAGAAAAAGUUGGAAGCAGUCAGGAGUGGAGUAAGAGCAAUCUCUGUCUCAGAAGAUCUAAGUGGGGAUGAGACCGAUGACUAUGCGGAGAUAGUUGAUGAAGAGGACACAUACACUAUGCCGUCCAUGAGCUAUGGAGUAAUUGAAGCACGGGACUAUGAGAUCCAGAGGGACAGGAUAGAGUUAGGCCGCUGCAUAGGAGAGGGUCAGUUCGGAGAUGUACACCAAGGUGUCUACAGCAGCCCAGACAAACCACCUCUGCCUGUUGCCAUUAAGACCUGUAAAAACUGUACAUCAGACAGUGUCAGAGAAAAGUUUCUACAAGAAGCCUUGACGAUGCGACAGUUCGACCACCCUCACAUUGUUAAACUGAUUGGAGUGAUCACAGAGAACCCGGUGUGGAUCAUCAUGGAGCUCUGUACUCUCGGAGAACUGCGUUCAUUCCUGCAGGUGAGGAAGUACAGUCUGGACUUGGCCACUCUCAUUUUGUUUGCCUACCAGCUGAGUACAGCACUGGCCUAUCUGGAGAGCAAACGCUUUGUACACAGGGAUAUAGCAGCACGCAACGUGUUGGUCUCUUCAGUCGACUGCGUGAUGCUUGGAGACUUCGGUCUGUCUCGAUACAUGGAGGACAGCUCUUACUACAAAGCAUCUAAAGGGAAGCUUCCAAUCAAAUGGAUGGCUCCUGAAUCUAUCAACUUCAGAAGAUUCACCUCUGCCAGUGACGUCUGGAUGUUUGGUGUGUGUAUGUGGGAGAUCUUGAUGUACGGGAUCAAACCCUUCCAAGGGGUGAAGAACAAUGACGUGAUUGGCAGGAUAGAGAAUGGCGAGCGACUGGCGAUGCCUACUCAGUGCCCUCCCACCCUUUACAGUUUGAUGACCAAAUGUUGGUCAUAUGACCCCAGCAAGCGACCACGAUUCACCGAACUCAAGACACAACUCAGCACUAUACUGGAGGAAGAGAAGCUUCAACAAGAGGAGAGACUUCGAAUGGAGAUGAGGAGACAAGUCACAGUGUCCUGGGACUCUGGAGGGACUGAUGAAGCACCACCUAAACCCAGUAGACCAGGAUACCCCAGUCCUCGCUCCAGUGAAGACUUCUUCUCCAGCCCCCAGCACAACCACUUUACACCAACAGCUCAAGGUGGUGUAGGAGGAGUAGGAGGCAGCUAUGCUUCUACUGAUUCCUGGAACCAACACAGACCCGAACACACUGCACUGUGGAGCCCCAACAUGGAGGACACAGGAUGUGUAGGCCAGGCUAUGAUGGAGGAGAGGCUGAUGAUGCAGCAGCAACAGAUGGAGGAUGACCAGCGGUGGCUGGAGCAGGAGGAGAGCUUCAUGAAAGCAGAGUCCAGAAACAGCAGAGGAAGCAUCGACAGAGAGGAUGGCAUACUACAAGCACCGGGUGGAAGCCAACAUAUCUACCAGCCUGUAGGGAAGCCAGAACAUGUAGCACCUCCAAAGAAGCCGCCUCGUCCUGGAGCUCCUGGUCACCUGGGCAACCUAGCCGUCCUCUGCCCUGUGGACAGCUACAAUGAGGGGGUCAAGCCAUGGAGGCUGCAGCCUCAGGAGAUCAGCCCGCCUCCCACUGCCAACUUGGAUCGUUCUAAUGACAAAGUUUAUGAGAAUGUGACAGGACUGGUUAAAGCUGUGAUUGAGAUGUCCAACAGGAUUCAGCCUGCAGUUCCAGAGGAGUACGUCCCAAUGGUCAAGGAGGUGGGUCUGGCCCUGAGGACUCUACUAGCGACAGUGGAUGAGACGAUUCCGGUGCUGCCAGCCAGCACACACAGAGAGAUUGAGAUGGCCCAAAAGUUGUUGAAUUCAGAUCUGGCAGAGUUAAUAGCAAAGAUGAAACUGGCCCAACAGUAUGUCAUGACAAGUUUACAAAAGGACUACAAGAAACAAAUGCUUAUGGCAGCUCACGCCCUCGCAGUUGACGCCAAGAACUUGCUGGAUGUCAUCGACCAAUCACGACUCAAGAUGAUCACCCACAGCCACCCACAUUAGCCAAGGAUCCAGUUAUGGCGAUUGGGAGCUUUGCCCAGAGUUUCCUUUGCUAUGGCAAUGGAGAGUACAGUAUCUCUUAGCCAAUCACAAAGAGCAGAGUACAUUUAGAUAGAUAUUAUUGAUGGAUGGAUGGAUGGAAAACUGAAAUAACGGAGAGCAGACAUGACUGACUGAAACAAUCAGCUCCUUCUUCUCCUCCCUCAAACAUUCAGUGUUUCCUCUUCUCUUUCGUAGCAGCCAUGCCUCGGUCAAUGUUGUGUUGUUUUGUACUUUAGUUGCUGUAUUUGCUUUUUUUAAUCCAGAGAAUCACUCAUCUCUUCUAUCACAUAGUCUAAAAUCCUCCAUUACUACUUUUUAUUUUUUGAAAGAUCAUGCAGAGAUUACAGAGGCUCAUUUGAAGGACUGCAGAGAUAUUUUGAUGGAUGGAUGCACCAAAAUAUGCCACAUAAACAAAUGACUAAUACACUCCACACAUGCAGGAUGUAACAACUGGAACUGAAGAGCCAGAACGAGGAGGACAGAGCAGAUGAUUUCAUGUUGUUGUUUAACUGUGCUUUUAUACCAUUAUUCAUAAUUAUGAGUAUGACUGUUUUCAGCUUUGACCUUUACAGUGUCUUGUUGGAUUUUAAGUCUUCCUCUUGAAAAUUGUAUGAGAAAAAAACUCUAGAUUUACAGUACAAUGUCAUCUUUUUUCAUCUUCCUCUCCAUAGAUUUCUCUAUCUCAGGCAUCAGGACACAGCAUAAAAAUGAAAUAUGAAAGCUGAUUUUUGAAGAGCAAACUAAAUGUCUUUUUAUGAAAAAAUAAAUAGAAAAUGUCACAGGCUACCUUUUAAGUUAACUUCACAGUAAAUGUUUAGAAAAAAUCUAUAUUUUUAACAUGUUUUUGAGGCGCAAGUUGGUAGUGAAUAAAGGUGGGGGUGGUCAGGGGAAAGUGCAGGGGCAGGGGUGAGAGGCGGCGGGAGUGUUGUUCUUGAGUUACAGUGUAUGUAGAGUAGGUCGCACCAUAUCAAAUAAACUGCAGUUGACAAAAAGGAA